CUUUAAUUUCCACUGGACUGAAGACUUGCAUUUUUGACCAAAAUCUUUUCUUUGCAACUUUGUUUUUGCCAGCAGCAAAGAAACAGCACAUCCAGAUCACUCUUUGUUUAUACUGAUUUGAGUUCAGCAUUCAGAAGAUGAGGCUGUGUCUCCCAUUCUGCGUCCUCUGUCUGAUGGCUACCACUGGCUACAGUCAGAUGGCAGAUGUUCCUGUUCCCAAAGGUGAAAGAGGAAAUCCUGGAUAUCCUGGUAUCCCGGGUAUGAAAGGGGAUACAGGGAUGUCUGGAUUUCCUGGACCAUCUGGAGUACCUGGACCACCUGGAGCACCUGGACCACGUGGAUCACCUGGAGUACAUGGACUACCUGGAGCACCUGAAGCCCCUGGGAGCGUUGAAAACGUUGGUUCCCUUAUCGAGGACGGUGGCAAGUUAAUGAAGAGCCAUGCUAAGUUAGACUUGGCGAUAUCCUACGACUUUGUCCGGAAAGUUGGUCAGAAAUACUUUGUGUCCUACAAGAAGAGAGACUCUUUCUCCAGCGCCGUUGAGUUCUGCUCACAACAAGGCUUGGAGCUGGCUUUGCCCCAGGACGAGGAGGAGAACAGCAAACUGACUCAGUUCUUUGGGGACAUUCACAAAGAAGCCUGGAUCAACGUCAACAAUAACAAAGCAGAGGGGAAUUUUCUGACUGAUAUGAAGAACCGACCUCUGACCUUUACCAAGUGGGGAGAAGGGCAGCCAGACAAAUCAAUCCAGGGUACCGGCUGCACCAUGCUG